AUGGAGCCCCAGCCCGGCUGCGUGGUGGUGACCGGUUUCGGGCCCUUCCGGCAGCACCUGGUGAAUUCCAGCUGGGAAGCAGUGAAGCUCACCGUGCACGUGGGCGUGGACGCCGCCGCCAAGGCCGUGGUUCUCGAGCAGCGCGGCCGGAACCGCGGGUAUCGCGAGACCGACGUCCGUGGCUUCCGGCCCGAGAACGGCGUGUGCGUCCCGGAUGGCCCGGAAGUGAUUGAGUCGCGGGUCAACAUGAAGGCGGUCAGCAGGCACGCGGCUGUGGAAGGCGUGGAGGUGAUGUUCUCCCGUGAUGCGGGCAGAUACGUCUGCGAUUACACCUACUACUUGUCUUUGCAUCUCGGAAAUGGGCGUGCGGCGCUCAUCCACGUGCCCCCGUUGUCUCCGGGGCUCCCCACCAGCCUGCUGGGAAAAGUCCUGCAAGUCGUCAUCCAGGAGAUGCUGGCGGAGGAGUCGUUACAGAGAUGCAGUGAGAGGAUGGAGGCGAAGGCCCCUCAGUGAUGGGAGACCACCAGGCUGCUGCCGGACCCGUGAGGAGGAAAAGAGGA